AUGAGUGCAUCGAAGAAGACGGCGGGUUUUCUAACGUUACCUCAAGAAAUUCUCAUGGAGAUCCUCUCCAAGCUUCCUACUAAAACCCUAGUACGAUUCAGGUUGGUUUCUAAAUUCUUUUGCGCUCUCAUAGCUGACCAUGCCUUUGGCGUUGUGCAUCGCAGCUUCUCCUUGACCCUUCCCAGUAGGGCGGGCUUUCUCAUCUCUAUCGAGCUUCGAACACCGCCCCUCACCCCUCUCCGUCGCUCAUAUUACACCCUAAAUUUCAGCCCCGGAAUGGUCCAAGCCAACCGCGUCGGCUUCCUAGACGCUGACCCCUUUCUACUCUCCUCUUCCUCUGACGGCCUGAUUUGUGUGUCCAAACCCAAGGGAGACGUCGUCGUUUGCAACGUUAGUACGGGACAACGUAUUUCCCUUCCAAGAAUGCAAUACAAGGACUGUGCACCGCAUUUGGGGUACGAUUCACAAUCUAAAAGAUACAAGGUUUUGAUGGCAACCCAGAUGAUUGAUCAAGAGAGUAACAGCUACGAGUAUAAGCUUUGGAUUUUUACUGUGGGAGUGGAUAGAUCAUGGAGGGAGAUCAACAACUGCGGUUCCUACACCUUCCAGCCCAUGGAUGGCUAUCCCUCCUUUUACGAUUCAAAUACUUGUGUUUACAUUGACGGCAUUAUCUAUUCCUAUAAUUCAGCGAAUAAAUAUAGCCUUAGCCUGUUUCAUAGAUUCCAUAUAGAAACAUUUGAAGUUGGGUGUGAGAGUUUUUCUGUGAUAACCCUUCCAAAUGAAGUUUCAUCACAGAUAUAUUUAGAUAUCAAAAACCCUGCAUUGCUAGAAGUUGGAGGUCGACUGGCUAUGGUUCUUGUUCAUGUUCAAUAUUCGCAACCAGGAGGAGGAGAAUGCUACAUGGAUGUUUGGACUUGGGAGAAAUUUGAGAAGAAAUGUUGGGAGAAGAUUACUAUCACCAUUCCAUUAGAAUGGAGGAGAAUAAUUUACAACGCUAAAUGUCUGCGCUUUGCUUCAAAUCAUGAUGGGGAGAUUGUGUUGUUAUGUGUAUAUAUUGGGCAAUUAUUUAUUUUUGUUUGUAACUUGAAAAGUGAGAUUUGGAGAAAAUUUGAUGUAAGUGGAGUUGAAGACUUUCCAAUUUUUAGCUAUUGGGAAGUUGCACUGAACAACAUUGUGGACCAUGUGUUUCCUUUGGAGUAA